AGCUGCUGCGCGCGGCCGAGGCGCGGGGCGUUCCGGUGCUGCGGCCCCGACGGCGGAAGCUGGACGCCCUGUGCCGCCACCAGGUCCACCAGGGCGUCUGCAUGGAGGUGAGCCCGCUGCGGCCCCGGCCCUGGACAGAGGCUGGCGAGGCCAGGCCAGGAGAUGACCCCNCCCAGCAGUUGUGGCUCGUCCUCGAGGGGCUCCAGGACCCCCGGAACCUUGGGGCCGUGCUGCGCUCGGCUCACUUCCUCGGCGUGGACAAGGUCAUCACCAGCCGCAGAAACAGCUGCCCGCUCACUCCGGUUGUCAGCAAGGCCAGCGCGGGGGCGAUGGAGGUGAUGGAUGUGUUCUGCACUGAUGACCUGGACGGUUUUUUAAAGGCCAAAGCCCGGCAGGGCUGGCUCGUGGCUGGCACCGUGGGCUGCUCUGGGCCUGAGAUUUCCCGGUCCUCUGAGAUCCCCAUCACUAGUUGCUUGGAGUUCCUCUGGGACCAGCCUACUCUCCUAGUGCUGGGGAACGAGGGCUCCGGCCUGUCCCCGAAGGUGCAGGCCUCCUGCCAGCUCCUCCUCACCAUCCUGCCCGGCCGGCAGCUGCCUCCUGGACUGGAGUCCUUGAAUGUCUCCGUGGCUGCAGGAAUUUUUCUUCACUCCAUUUGCAGCCAGAGGAAGGGUUUCCCUGAAGAGAGGAAGAGAGCGCAACAUCUCCAAGAUCCCCGAGAACUCUCAGCCAUGGCUCAAGGGCCCAGAUUGCCUCAGCACCCGGGACUGUCCUCAGGAUGAGAAAAAGAGAGGCUAGACGGGGCUGACUUGUACUGUUCGAGAUGUGUGUGCUGGAUGGCAGGGGAUAGGUUGCCCAUAUAUCCACACGUUCCAAUAUGCUGGACCCUCCUGCCUGAGUGUGCAGGCUCUGCCUAUUAGUCACUGUCUUGGGAAGCAGUGAGCUUUGCCAUGGAGACCAGAGGAAGUCGGCCUCCUGUUUUGAGUUUGGACUUAUAGUUGGAGAUGGUAGCCUGUUAAUUUCUAGGAUGUGCUAGUUCAGAGAUUCUGUCCGUUUCCUCCCAGGUCCUGCCUCCAUCCUCAAGGCCAGGUCCGGAUGAAGCCGGGAGGAGGGACAUCAAGGGGAAGUCUAAACAUCAAAGGGGAAUUGGGUAGCUCUGUCCAGGGAUCCUGUUCCUCUUGAACCAGUGUAAGAAUGUAGAGGGAGGCCCCGGGCUCUUUGUGGGCCAGAAAAGUGCAAAUCCAGGCUCAAACCCUGCCCCACUGCGGGGUGUGGGGAUAUGUGGGGAGCCUUCAGCGCUUGGCUUCAUCUUUAGGUGCCUCAGGGCUGUUUUGGGCUCCUCCCUCUCAGGGUUUUUGUGAGACUCAAAUAAAACCUCACCUGAUCUCCAGCAGGCACUCAACCGGUGGGCUAUUCUGUUGAUUCUUCCACUAGGUGGCAGCCUUGCCCUUUGGUCCACAGUCUCUUCAGGAAGCUCUUGUAGCUACCUGGGGAGAUUGGCUGUGGCCCCCAAGAGGCAAGGGAAAAAUUAUUAAACACUUCCCACCCCACUGGUCCUCCAGUCCCCCUGACUGGUGAGUUAUCAGUGAGUCCACCUACAGGGAAGGAAUCAGUGAAACCUUUGCUUUGGGUGCAUGUCUGAAAGCACACACCAGGCGACCUUUCACCUGUCCCUAACGUUCUUUAGAAAAUGCUGGUUCCAGCCCUGGCUCCAUGGCUUCCUACCUAUGUGGCUUCUCAGUCUCCAUACCUAUAAAAUGGGGAUGGUGCCAUUGACACCUCCUCCAACUGUCUCUUCCCCAGCAGAGAAGUUGUAAAAUAAGAUGAAAGCAUGUCAGGAAGUGUUCUGUAAACUAAAGAACUGCACCCAGGACUAGCACAAAAAAAACCCUGCUGUGAUGGUUCAGUUUAUGCAUCAACUUGACUGGGCCAUGGUGCCCCGAUAUUUGGUCAGAUAUUCUGGGUGUGUCUUUGAGGAUGAUUUGGGGUGAGAUUAACAUUUAAAUUGGUAGACUGAGUGAAGCAGAUUGCCCUCCUCAAUGUGGGUGGGCCUCAUCCAAUCAGUUGAAGGCCUAAAAAGAACAAAAAGCAUGACUCUCCCAUAGAGAAUCCUUCCUGUCUUUUGGAACUGAAACAUGGGUUCUUCUGGGGCCUCUAGCCUAUUGGCCUUCAGGUGGGAAUGACAGCAUUGGCCUCCAGCAUGCAGACUCCUCCUGCAGAUUGUGGAAUGCCAGCCUCCAUAGUAUGUAUAUGUGUGUGUGUCUAUCUCCCAAUGGUUCUGUUUCUCUGGAGAAUCCAGACUAACAGACUUGAUGAAAAUAAACUCGGGUUUCCUGGAGUUCCUUCCAUGUAGGGGCACAGAAUGGAGUUUAGCUCUCUAGGACCAAACCCAGCAUGGAAACUAGAAUUUAGGGUUGGGGGUACUCAGGACCCAGAGCCCCCUCUCCUGCCCACAGACUCAUCUGUGGUGUCUGGAAACCUAUCUGACCUGCUUUGGGCAUGUUACUCAUCAGCUUCCUGGGUCCCUGUGCUCUGGGCCAUCUAGAGGGGUCACUCUCCCGGGCUAACAGCCAGGCACAGGGGCUCCUCCCUGCCUCAUUCCCUGGGCAGCAGGCUGACUGGCUUCUGGGGAGACAGGUUCACUUGAAUCAGAGGGAACUGAGGCUGUAAUUACCUGCCAUGCACACACAGGUAUGUAUGUCUGUAGCUAAUGUCAUGCAAACCAGGCAUCCUUAAGACAAAGAGGAAACACCUGAGGUCCUAAGGCCAAGAAUGAGGUUGAUUCUCCUUGGAGUGGCCUCUGGUGCCUGAUGCAGACAUUGUUCCCCAAGUGUGGUCAAGUUCACAGGAG